AGCGUGUAAGAAGAGCAGCCUCCGAAAACUCCCUUCCUGCUCCCCCCCGUUCCUUCCGUCCCCUCCCUUCGGUAUCGUCCUUCGGAACUCCGAUCGGGGAUUCUACAAGGAAAAAAAAAGAAAAAAAACUCCGAUCGGCAAAAAAAAUAAACACCCUAAUUUCAUUUCCGGAGGUGGGCAAAGAUGGUUCUUGCGCAGCUGGGCGGGAGCAUCUCCCGCGCGUUGCAGCAUAUGAGCAACGCGACGAUCAUCGAUGAGAAGGUGCUGAGCGAGUGCCUGAACGAGAUCUCGCGGGCGCUGCUGCAGGCUGAUGUCCAGUUCAAGAUGGUCCGCGACAUGCAGGCCAACAUCAAGCGCAUCGUCAACCUUGAUGACCUCGCCGCCGGCCACAACAAGCGCCGCAUCAUCCAGCAGGCUAUCUUUAAUGAACUUUGCAAAAUGUUGGAUCCUGGGAAGCCUUCCUUCACACCCAAGAAGGGAAAAACAAGCGUGAUUAUGUUUGUGGGUUUACAAGGUUCUGGAAAGACCACAACUUGUACCAAAUAUGCAUAUUAUCAUCAAAAGAAGGGAUGGAAACCUGCACUGGUUUGUGCAGAUACAUUUAGAGCUGGUGCUUUCGAUCAAUUAAAGCAAAAUGCAACUAAAGCUAAAAUUCCUUUUUAUGGAAGCUACACAGAAUCAGAUCCUGUAAAAAUUGCUAUUGAGGGUGUGGAAAGAUUUAAGAAAGAGAACUGUGAUCUAAUUAUUGUGGAUACAAGUGGACGGCACAAACAGGAAGCUGCCCUCUUUGAGGAAAUGCGUCAAGUGUCAGAAGCAACGAAACCCGAUCUUGUGAUAUUUGUCAUGGACAGUAGUAUUGGCCAAGCUGCAUUUGAUCAAGCGCAAGCUUUUAAACAAAGUGUUGCAGUUGGAGCUGUGAUUGUUACGAAAAUGGAUGGUCAUGCAAAAGGUGGUGGUGCACUUAGCGCGGUUGCAGCCACUAAAAGUCCAGUCAUAUUUAUUGGAACAGGAGAACACAUAGAUGAGUUUGAAGUUUUUGAUGUCAAGCCAUUUGUUAGCCGUCUCUUAGGCAUGGGUGACUGGUCCGGAUUUAUGGACAAAAUUCAUGAAGUUGUGCCUACUGACCAACAACCUGAGCUUCUGCAGAAGCUCUCAGAAGGAAGCUUUACUCUACGACUUAUGUAUGAACAAUUCCAGAACAUACUCAAGAUGGGCCCCAUAGGCCAGGUCUUCUCGAUGUUACCUGGAUUUAGUGCAGAAUUGAUGCCAAAAGGUCAUGAAAAGGAAAGUCAGGCUAAGAUCAAGCGCUAUAUGACAAUGAUGGAUUCCAUGACAAAUGCAGAGCUGGACAGCACGAAUCCAAAGCUCAUGAAUGAAUCACGUAUCAUACGAAUAGCGAGGGGUUCAGGUAGGCCUGUCAGGGAUGUCAUGGAUAUGCUGGAGGAAUACAAGCGCCUUGCCAAGAUUUGGAGUAAGAUGAAGGGGCUCAAGAUCCCAAAGAAAGGUGAAAUGAGUGCGCUGUCCCGGAAUAUGAAUGUCCAACACAUGAGCAAAGUCCUUCCCCCUCAGUUGCUGAAGCAGGUUGGUGGAGUCGGUGGCCUGCAAAGUUUGAUGAAGCAGAUGGGCUCGAAAGACAUGAUGAGUGGGAUGUUCGGAGGGGACAGAUAGUUAAUUCAGCUGUCUCAACACAUCGACAUGAGAUCUGCUGUGAUGCCAAGAUGGCCAUCCAGAUGAGUUUUCUGCAGAGAUGUCAGACCUCUUCAUUAUCUGAAUGUAUAUCUAGCUUAUCUCGCAAUGGUUGAAUGAAUUCUGUUGCACUAGAAUGCAUGUUUUCUUCACCAGGGAAACCUUGGGCUUUGUAAUUAGGUGUAGCCAAGGAAUUGUACGUUCCUAUAACCAAGUUGGCGUUAGUGGUUCCUUCUGCCUCAAAGUAGUUUCAUAGAGAAAUUUGUUGAAUCAGGAUGUAACUCACAAAAGUUUAGUUGAAAUAAUUGCAUGGUGUUUUCAGUAGUAUGA